AUGACUCCGUUCAAGUGGUGUGUUUAUAUGAACAGUCCAAUUGACUUCUGCACUCCUUUGUUGAAGGAAAUGGUUAGACGUUGGGUUAGCCGCAACGAAUCUUUUGUUUUGAAGCAAACAAUGGUACCAUUUACAGUAGGCGAUGUUUGCAUGGGUUUAGGGUUGGGUGUUGGUGGUUUAGAUGUAAAUUUUGAUGAUGACUUUGAUGCUGUUGUUUGUCAUCAAUUUUCGUCAAAGUCAUUCACUGUAAAAGAUGUCAUACAUAGGAUAAAACAUUCAAAGGCAGUUAGUAACAUGCCUUUUAGAGUAUUAGAUAACAUUGAUAAUUUGUACGAAUAUAAUUGGGCAAAAGCUGUGCACACAUUUGUGGUAAAUAGUUUAGGAAAUGCUUCAAGGAAGAUAAGGCAAGGUGACAUAAGGGACCUAGGUCUUAGUGGGAAUGUUGCAGUGUUGCAGCUAUGGACGGUUGAACGUUUGGGUUUAGCGGACGGUGCACAUGACAUUGUCUUCCCGCGAAUAAUGAAUUGGCGUUCGCUUAAGUUAAGGUGUAACAAAAUAGAGGAAUUGUUUAAACGGAAAGAGAUAUGUUGGGAGUGGUUUUUGCGGGACGAGGACCGUCAAAACUCAAUCAUUUGUGCGGCCCUUCAUUUGGAAGAAGGGUCAAUAGCGGAAGAUGAUGGAGAUGAGUUAGGGUUAAGUUGGGAACAAGUGGUCAUGAAGAAAAUUGAAGACAACCAAAGAAAAAUGGUUGCAAUGGAUAAAGAUUUAAGAAGUUUGGCUACAUUGGUAGGUGUUGGGAAGGAAGAUUAUGAGAAAGGGAAUGAUGGACUGAAGGAUGACGUUGAGGACGUUAUGGAUAUUGGACCUGUUGUAAGCACUGUGCCACUACAUGAUGACACUGAGGAUGAUAAUUUAUUGAAUGUAAAUCGAACACAGUUGUACAACAUGGUUAUUCCGUUUAAACUUCCUUGGAGGGUUGUUUCUGAAAUUUCCGGUCAAACAUUUGGAACCCAAGAGUGUUAUUCUUUUGGACCUAGGAUGCAGGUUGGCAACACGGGGAUUUUGUUUGCCACAUCAGUGUUCAUGUUCUUUGAAAGAAGGAGUACUGGAGUAGUGAAAAGGAUAUGUUUUAGUCCAUUAUAUGCGACCCAUGUUUUAAUUGAGUCAAGAAAGAGAAAGAGUAAUCGCAAAGUUUGGACAUUGAAUGACUACUCUCACUACUUCCAGUCUAAUAUCAUCGGAUUUGAUGACAUUGUUAAUGCCGAAUUUUUGUUUGUCCCAAUUAUCCAUGACGGCCAUUGGUGGUGCUACGCUGUGAAGAUUCCAUCAUUGGAAAUGUUUGCACUGGACUCUUUUGGGCACAAAAGAAAGGAACGACAAAAGAUUGACAAUGUCAUUGCACAUAAUCUUGCAUUGCUUUUUGGACAUUUGUUGAAUUGUGCGGAAGAGAACAAACCAUCAUUGGAGGUACAACAUUUGCAUACUCCAAUCCAACCAAACAAAUUUGAUUGUGGAGUAAUUGUUUUGAAAAUUAUGGAGUUGUGGGAUGGCAUUGACAAAUAUGAAAGAAAGACAAUGCCCAGUUACACAACUGAAGAACUACAACAAGUUAGGGAGCAUUAUGUAUGUCAAUGGAUUUUGGAUGUGGACAACGUGCGGAGGAAUGAAGUCUUGGAAGAUUUAGGCAUGUUGUAG